UGCGUCGGAUCGGAAACUCCACUCCGUCAGUCAGUCGGUCAAUCAGUCAACUUUGGCUCAGUCGCGUCGCUGCCCGGGUGAGCAGCUCUGCCCAGGUGAGCAGCUCCAGCAGCGGCAUAGGUAGGAACUUACACAUUUGGCUACGAUCAUUUGUCUACGGAACGGCGCCGCGUUAAGUUCGUUAGACGCGAAAAGGAAAGGAAGUCUUGAGACGCCGACGAAAACCCUAAGCGAACCGCGUUCGCAGAAGUGACUGUGUGUCUUUGGACGAAAGCCAACUCCACCUCCUGCUCGUACUUUUGGGCCAAGUACUGCGGCAAUUGGGCCCCGAGUGUUUGAGUGUUAAGCUGUGAAGAAAGUUCGGCGAGUGUGCGCGCGGCAGUUACGAAACGCGGUUUCCGCCGGCGAACCCAAAAAGAAACCCGGGUUCCAGCCAUAUACCUAGAGAAUUACAUACACAAAUAGAUCUGUGAGGGCAAAAAUGGGUCACCUGUCCACCUCGGAGCGAGUGUGCAGCAAGACGCCGGCCAUCGCGGCGGACUCCAGUCCUCCGCUUGUGGCCAGGAGGUCGAAGUUCCCCAAUGGAGAUGCCCAGCAGCAGGUGCGCAGGGGAGAGGACUCCUCGCCCGAACUGCCGCCCCGUGGCAAGCUCCAGCUGACCCCCAAGCGGGAGGAGCUGCCCAGGUCAGUGGUGCCCAAGGAGAUCGCCAAUCACGUGCCCAAGGAUGCAAUUGACCUCGAGGAGUACACACGCACCUUCGUCGGAGAUCGCGUGCUGGGUUGGCAGUUUCAGGCUCCGCUCAAGUGGGACAAAGUCAUCCAGAUCUCGCUCCUGCACAUCGUGGCCGGAAUCUGCCUGCUGACGUAUCCGCUGCGGGAGCUCAAUCCGUACACCACCAUCUGGUCCUUCUUCGUUGGCGGCGUGGCCGGAUUCGGAGUUACGGCCGGAGCCCACAGGUUCUGGACCCACAAGAGCUAUAAGGCCAACACCGUGCUGCGAUCCAUCCUGAUGGUCUGCUACUGCGUGGCUGGACAGAACACCCUGUACGACUGGGUUCGCGACCAUCGAGUCCAUCACAAAUACUCGGAGACGGAUGCGGAUCCCCACAACGCCAACAGGGGAUUCUUCUUCUCCCACGUGGGCUGGCUGAUGAUGCUGAAGCAUCCGGAGGUACUUCGUCGUGGUCGCCAGAUCGACAUGAGCGACAUUCUGGCUGAUCCCGUGGUGCGCUUCCACCAGAAGUACUUCAUCCCCCUGAAGACCUUCUUCUGCUUCAUCUUGCCCACCGUGAUCCCAGUCUACUGCUGGGGCGAGUCCUGGACCCUGGCCUUCAUCCAGCAGUGCCUCUUCCGCUACGUGAGCAGCCUGAACUUCACCUGGUCUGUGAACAGUGCCGCCCAUCUGUGGGGAUCCCGCCCAUACGAUAAGCGAAUCAUGCCCAGCGAGAACAUCUAUGUGUCCCUGCUGGCCAUGGGCGAGGGAUGGCACAACUACCACCACGUGUUCCCCUGGGACUACAAAGCAGCUGAGCUGGGCAACUACACCGUGAACUUCACCACCAUGGUGCUGGAUGCGUUCCACAAGCUGGGAUGGGCCUGGAACAUGAAGCAGCCCUCCAAGGAGCUGGUGCGUCGCACCCUCGAGAAGUACGGCGAUGGCACCCACGCCUCCCAGCUGGGCGGUCCCGAGGAGUUCAAGGACGGAGUGGUAGCCGGAGCCACCAUGGUGGGUCACGUGCACUACGCCGAAGUACCGGAUCCCGAGCUGGAGUACGAUGCCGAGUCCAGCAGCACGGAGAGCGCCAAAUUAGAUGAGAACGAGAACGAGGGCGAGCGGAUGAAGAAGUCCAAGAAGGCGGCCAACUAGGGAGCUCGAGGAUCGGGAUACUGGCGUCCAGGCAUCCAGGUCGAGAUCGAGAUGGGCUCGCGGAUCACCGAUGGGAAGGAUCGUCACUUAAUCUUGCGUCUGUCUAUGCGAGGGCGGGACAUAGUCGAUAAUCGUUUUUUAAAUUAAACCCUAUUCUAUUCUAUCAUUAUCUAUAUCUUCACACCAGACCAACACACCUGCACCGCAAUGGUUAACACUCACACAACCACCCAACACCUAACACCCACAUCCCCUCAUUUUCGUAUCUUCAUUUGUGUAGGUUUAGGUAUUUAGCACGGUACGACAUAAGUUAUAAGUCACACACAAAUUUACGUAUAGACGACAACAACAAAAUAUGCUCUCCGUCCGAGGCAAAUAAAAA